AAGCGAUUUGGGCUCAAGGGACAGUCUUGCAGCUGAGAUUGGGCCCCUCGCACCCGACUUGCCCGCCCGCUCGAUCCGUCCUCCAGUUGCGAUUCGAGCAUGGCGCUCCCAGUGGUGAGCCGGGUCGAACCACGUUAUCGCGUGUGCGGCUUCAUCACUGUCGUAUUUUCAUUCGGCGGGUUGAUUCGAUCUUCGUCGGAGGCAACGCCCUCGUUAAAAGUGCAGAGAUCUCCAAGUGGGGACACAUGCCGGAUGUAAGUUUAUGCGCGGACCCUUCUGGUGAUUUCAAUGUUCAGUUUGACGAUGCCUCCGCUUAUGGCGAUAGUGGUGUGGCGUCCACAUUCACCUUUGGGGCUGGCGGGGACGCACUGCGGGGUGACGGAGAUGAAGACAUAAUCCCCAUCCGCGUGAAUAAUCAGUGCGUUAAUUUCAGCACGUCCGUGCUCACACCUUCAUUCCCGACCGAUGGAGUGAACAAUUGGGUGACUUUGAAGUUCGCCUUCAACCAGUUGAGCGACGAAGAUUAUACAUGGCCCGACCGAAAGAUAUGGUUCAUCGAUCCAGAAACGGGGUUCAGGUCAUGGGAUGGUUACCUGAGAGCAUUUCCGGCCUCGGAUUGUCAACGACAGGUGAAAGUGAUCAACCUCAUAAGGCAUCCUAUAGUACAUAAGUCUGUGAAGUCGAACCUUGAGGAACUAUUUGGAGGCGGCUCCAGCUACCAGCACCAUAACGACUAGUAUGGAAGUGAAUACGUGACUGAGGUCAACAAGGAUGACCGGGAUUUUCCCCCGCGACAGAUGUCCAUUGGACCAGGCACGAAAGAUGACCCUGAUUAGCAGCUGGUCGUCUACUGUCUCAGUGUGGAUAAAGUAACAGUCGAACGUAUGGGCCUUUCUACGAAGUUUCACUGUAUUUGGCUCGGGCGGGUGGAUUCUUAUCAAUUAUCGACAUCAUAGAUUCAAUGUGUUGCCUCUGCCUCGAGCGGCCGCUUUGGCCCUGGCGGGCUGCCUCCGACACUUGGGGCCCCUGCGCAUAUGCUCGUGGAUAGCCAUCACCUUCGAAGCGUGCCCGAGGCUUCGCGUCCCAGCUGCUCGGGAAGCACCUUGUGGCGCCGCGGGCCCCAGCCGGGCGUCAGUGCAGCGCGCGGGGCCUGCUGCGCCGCGACGCGCAGAUCGGGGGCCCGGGCAGGACGGGCAUGUCCGACGCCGCGGUGCUUCUGGACCGCUGCGAGUGGCUGACGCCCAGCCUACCCGCCCUGAAGAUGCAGUCGCGCGAGGACGGAGCCCUGUGGGAUUUCUUGUUUGCAGCGCUGCAGCGGCAGUUCUCGGCUCUGGUCAAGAUCCUCGGCCUCGACCCGCCGUCGCCGCACCCGCGCUCGCUGCGACGCGGCGGAGCCAGCGACGACCUCGCCACAGCCUCGCGCACCCAGGAGGAGGUAAGGGCGAGGGGCAGGUGGGCGACGCUCACCAGCCUCAAACGCUGCGGGGAGACCACCUGGCUGCUGUUGGAGAUGGCGAAGGCGCCCGAGGACGCGCUCGCCUUCGGCCGCGAGGUGCAGGCAAGCUUCAGCAACGUGCUGUCCGAGGGCUUCGCCGGGCCUCUGUUGGUGGCGCGCCUUCCUCCGCGCCUGGCCGAGGCCCCGGGCCCCGCCGGCGCCGUUCCGCGCGGGCUGCCGGGGAGUAUCUAGAUCACGAGGUGCGGUGGUGGUUGCAGCGGGCCUUCCAGGCUGGCGCUCGGCUUGUUUUCUUUGCUCUGUUCGCCAGAUUUGGCUGGAUCUCUAGAGCUCUGAUUUCGCGCAAUGUCACUCGGAAUUGUCAGUAAGCCGCGCGGGGGCCACUUGGACCCGACCUUCCACAAACUUACCAUUGGUUGGAUCGUGCCAGGACGCAUUGCUUCGCAGUGGCCUGGCACUCCAUGCGCGUCAUGGACGCGUGCCCUGAGAACCGAAGAAAGCCUCCCCGCGGCAGCAAUACCCCCGCGGGCCUGUCAAACCUCCGCCAGACCGAGCGAGAGCGGCUCCGAGUGGGCGGCGUCAAUGUCCAAAACCGG